AACAUGAGGUAAUUCUCCGUGAUCCUAUGUGAUAUCUUAAUUGUGUCAAAUUGAUAAUUAUCGCGUCAUGUUCACGUAAUGUUAAAUAUUAGAUACAUUAGAUACGACAUUAAUAAAAUGUAUCGCACUUGCAUCGCGAUACGCGCAAAAGGAUGCCCUCUUAUCGGCCUUGGGGAUCGACCGAUAAUGGCCAGAUUGAAUUCGAAUCUCUAACGGACGAAACACUUGAGGGGGCACUUAAUGUGAUGAGGAAGAGCUUCUUUUUAUACGAGCCCGUAUGCAUGGGCGUGGAUUUGAUGUCCGAGUCUGGAGCAUCCGAGGAACUCAUCAAGCUUUCCUUGAAUGCGGCUAAGGAUGGCGUGAGCGUGGUGGCUAUCGACGUUACCACCAACGAAGUUGUCGGUGUUCUCUUUAAUAAAAUUCAAGUGCCCGCUAACAGCACCGAGAAAAGCUACUUCGAGCAGUUCAGCGAGAAUUGUCGAUACAAGUCGUCAAAGGGCCUGGUGGACUACAUGAUAAACAUAGAUUCACGGAUAAACCUCUUCGAGCACUACAACGUCGACUGCAUCCUCGAGCUCAUGUUCUUGGCGACGCUGCCCGAGUAUGGUAAACGGCGGAUAGGCGAGCUGCUGAUCAGCUCAUCGCUGGAGCUCGGCCGGGAACUCAAGCACGGCAAGAAUGUGCGGACGCCCGUCACAGUGUACGGCAAAAAGGAACUCACGAACAACAAUACGAUACCGACCAUGGUCUCCGGCAUCAUGACGUCCAUCUACUCGCAGCGCAUCGCCACGAAGCUGCACUUUGAACGGUUGCUGGAGGUGUCCUACGACGACUAUGAGUUCGGCGGGAAGAAGUUCAGCGAGAGAAUCGAUCCGAAGCACUCGUAUUCCGUCUUGGUGACCAAAAGGUUGCGAUAGCGAGAUUAUAACAACGCGUAGGCAAGUUAAAUGCCCCCGGAAGCGUCAGAAGAUCAAUACACAACUUAUCAGGGUUGUUCAAGAACGCUGAACAGAUAAUGUUCCAAUGCCGGAUAAUUUGUUCGAGAACAUGAAAAUAUAUUCUUUUUUAUCGGCUGAAACGAGUGUUAUCUCUAUUCUGUAUGUCAGCAUGCGUAUGUGUAGUGUGCCAAUUUUGUGAUAUUAUCUUUGUAUUUACUUUGGUAUAGUCGUCAACUUUUCGUAUCAAUUCUUCAAGAUAGUCAUAAGAAGUUUUUUCGGUGUAAAAAUUUUGCGUUGGGAAAUGCACGACAUGUAUAAUAUUGCCUGAAUUGUGUUAUGUAACAUAGAUUCGAAUACGCUUUCUCCGAGAUAUUCUCUCUAUUAAUUGUAAAAGAGAUGAUGCAAACUUUGCAAAUAUGCAUAGAAAGAAGUGUGCCUUAGAUAUAUAAAUACAAUAGAGAAAAGAAAACAAUAAAAAUGAUAAAAAAAUAAAAUAA